GCACUCGCCAUGCAGCGAACAACCGCACUGUGCUUUGCCGUCUCAAGAUGCGCAAGGCUUCACACAUCACGUAGGCUCUACUCAGAGCCGAUUGUGAAUAUCGCCAAUGGCACAUUCUACCGCUACCAUCCAGAGUCGCGGCCAGAGCCGGGCAGCCACGACGCGCCGCCCAAUCCCCCGUUGUUUCCAAACUUGAAUCUGGCAUUGCCUUCAUUUUCCACGCCGAAUCAGCAUUGGGCGAUCUUAAGCCCGUCGUCAAACAUCCGCACUGCGUUUCUGCAGCUGCUGCGCGGGCAAUUUCUUUGUUUCCCACCGACGGCGCGGACGUACCCCUACCUCUUGUCUGCAGAAAUAGCAGAGAAGAACCCUAGACUACGGUAUCCUAACCAGGCCAUUGAGUAUGUUGGAUUCGAUGUGGAGCGAAAAGCGUUUGGGGGUGCGUAUCUCUCUGCGCGCUACGAGAGUCUGAAGGAAGAAGGUGACUUCACAUUGAAGCGGUACUUGACUGGCAUUGUCACGUUGAAUCCUGGUGAGGAGGAGCUCAAAGCCAAAGCGGUCGAUGAGGAAGUGACCAGACAAGUUAUGAAGGAUCUUGAGCUGGAGAGGUUCCUGGAAAAGCCUGUGAACAUGCUCAGUAACGGACAGAGUCGCCGAGCGAGGAUUGGGAAAGCACUUUUGACAAGGCCAGAGGUCUUGUGUUUGGAUGCCCCAUUUAUUGGGUUGGAUCCGAUCGUGACUCAGCACAUAUCUCGAGUGCUACAUCGUCUCGCAGAAGCAAACUCCCCAAGGAUUGUCUUAUCACUGCGGCCUCAGGAUGUCAUACCAGAAUGGAUCACCCACAUUGUCUAUGCUGGUGAAGAUGGCAAGGUCGAUUCACUCGGGCCAAAGGAGGAGGUCUUCAAGUACUUGAAGCAGCGGUACGACGAUGCUGAGAAGUCGGUCAAGUCCAGCUCAUCGAGUCGUGACCUCGACCCUAAGCUCGUCGAGCUGCGCGAAGUGGGACGCCAUCUUUCUGACAGGGGUGACUUCGAGACCGAUGGCACUGAUGCUUCAGGGUCACCAGAUGCACUAAGUCGAGAUGGCUACAAGAAGAUCGACACAACCCAAGUCCCCACCGGCGAACCCAUCGUUGAAAUGACAGGCGUGAACAUCAAGUACGGGGCCAACUCCGUGCUUGGAGAAUGGACACAAACCGUCAACGGUGAGGAGAAGGACGGCCUCCAUUGGGCCGUCCAUCGCGGCCAACGCUGGGGCAUCUUCGGCGCCAACGGCUCAGGAAAGACCACACUCAUCAGCCUCGUCACGUCCGACCACCCGCAAACCUACUCCGCCCCCGUCAAGCUCUUCCAGCGCUCGCGCCUCCCCGAGCCCGGCGUGCCCGGCAUCACGAUCUUCGAAAUUCAGUCUCGAAUGGGCCACGCCUCGCCCGAAGUCCACGCCCUGUUCCCCAAACAUCUCACUCUUCGCCGUGCCCUCGAGUCUGCAUGGAGCGAUACCCCCAUUACGCCGCCCCGCCUCGACGACGCUGCCACGCGCCGCGUUGAGGCGUGUCUGCGCUGGUUCGCACCGGAACUGCACCCCUCGCCCACCACCCCGGGAGAUCUCGAAUGGGCGUCCCACGCCCUGUUUGGUGAGCUCUCGUACUCGGCGCAGCGUGUACUCCUCUUCCUGCGCGCGACGAUCCGGUACCCCGAUAUCGUGAUCCUGGACGAAGCGUUCAGCGGCAUGGACGACCUCGCGCGCGACAAGUGCCUGCUGUUCCUGAGUCAAGGCGAGGCAAUGGCGCUGCAGUACACGGAUGCUGGGCGACGACCAAUUGCGACGGAGAAGGAGGUCGUGGUACCGGGGUUGCAAGAGCAUCAGGCGCUGCUGUGUAUUAGUCAUAGUAGACAGGAGGUGCCUGGGUGUAUCAGGGCUUGGGUGUGUUUACCUGAGCCGGGCACGGGACCGCCACGGUUCGGUAGGUUUGAUGGACCGGUUGAGAUGAGCAGGGAGAGGUGGAGUGAGAUCUGGGACUGGGCAUAGAUGUAUAGUAUACAGCCUAUGAGAAUGUGAGAGGAUGCAGCACGUGAGAUUGAGCAAUGAGGGAGU